AUGCAUAUUCAAUCUUUUCUACUACCUCAAUGGAAAUGGUUUGUUGACUAUGCAAAUGUGGGAAACCGUAUAUGGCUAGCAUGGGAUGAUAAUGCUAUUGAUGUCCAUAUUCUUGAUUUGGGUGAACAAUUCAUACAUUGUCGAGUCACGAAUAGGGCUGACAAUGAAAUUGUUAUCAUUACUGUUAUUUAUGGUGCUUCUGAAGUGAGUGGUCGACGUGCCCUAUGGAAUUCUCUACAAACCCUUGCCCCACAAUGCACGGACGUUCCAUGGCUGGUGGGAGGAGAUUUCAAUGCAGUCCGCGAGAUUAAUGAGGUGUGUGGCGUCUCGGGAGAUAUAAGGAUUGCUAUGGAAGAUUUCAACAAUAGUAUUCAGGAAGCUGGAUUGUUGCCAAUGCCUAUGCAAGGUGAAUGGUAUACUUGGCACAAUUGCAGCACGUCUACGAGGAGCCUAUGGAAACGAUUGGAUAGGAUACUCUUCAAUGAUCGCUGGCUAGCACAGUUUCCUACUUCAUCAUAUCAUAGUCUUACACCCCGUACUUCGGACCACUCGCCGUUGGUCUUAUUUGGGGACUCACAGCAUCAUAAUAAUGGAGGUAUGUUUCGGUUCGAUAAUUACCCAACCCUAUCGCCUGAUUUUAUCCCCAGUGUCCAGAAUAUUUGGCAACAUGAGGUGAUUGGCGUGCCUAUGUACGCGGUGACCCAUAAACUUAAGGCCCUGAAACCGGUCUUCAGACAACAAAGGAGGAAUAAAGGGGAUUUGUCACAUAACGUCCAAUUGGCGAAGGGAUUUCUCGAGGAGGCACAAAACUUGGUGAGCUCGGACAGACAAAAUGAACUAUUUGAACACUGCUGUCGUUUUGUGUAUGCUAAAGCGGUCAAGAUAGAACAAAUUAUGCUACAGCAAAGAGCUAAGAUGCAGUGGAUGAAGGGGGGUGACCAAUGUUCCAGGGUUUUCUUCCGCAAGAUCGCUCAAAGAAGGGCGGCGAGGAGGAUCUUGCAGAUCAAUGAUGAAAAUGGAAGCACUCACGCAGAACCGGAGGAGGUUAUACAUGAGUUUGUAUCCUAUUAUCAAAACCUCUUAGGAGGUAACAGACGUCAAACAUUGGUGGAUAUUACCUAUCUCAGACCUUGGGCGAGGCAUAUUAUUACCAAUGAAGAGACAAGCCAGUUAUGUUUACCUUUUACACCGGAAGAUGUGAAGAAUGCCGUGUUCGACAUUUCUGAGGACAAGGCUCCAGGCCCUGACGGAUACUCAUCUGGAUUCUUUAAAGCAGCCUGGCCAGUGGUGGGGACUGAGGUUACAAGGGCGAUACUGAAUUUCUUCACCACGGGGAAACUUCUUAAGCAAGUUAACUAA